AUGGCCUCGCUGAAAGUGGCGCUGGUACAGCUCGAGCAAUCGCCCGUGGAGGGCCCGGAAGACAAGGCGAAGGCCGCUCAGCGCGCUGCAGAUCUGCUUCGAUCGGCGCCCGAGGCAGAUAUCUACGUGCUUCCCGAGCUUGCGCCAGUUGGUUACAACGAUGCGGUUUUUCGGAAUCUCCAGCUGCUUGCGGAGGAGGAGCUCUGUGAACCGGGCACCUGCCGGCACGCUCUGGCAGAGGUCGCGCGAGAGAGGCGCUGUUUCAUCUGCUACGGCGUCCCGGGAAAACAAGGAGAAAGCGACUUCAACAUACGGCAGGUGGUCCUGGAUGACACCGGAUCUGUUGUGGCUUGCUACAACAAGUGCCAUCUUGCUGACUUCGGCGACGGUGCCGAAUCCAAGUACUUCAAGCCGGGUGGAAGGCUUUGCUAUUUUGAGUGCCGUGGCUUCCGCAUCGGUCUGUUGAUUUGUGCCGACAUGCGCUUCAGCGAGCUGUGCCGGGAGCUGGCUGUUGGUCGUGGCUGCGAGAUUCUUCUCCAGCCUGCGGCCUUUGCACGUGACGUGAGCUAUGCAAGCUGGCAGUCCUUCGUGGAGUGCCGAGCUCUGGAGAACCAGGUCUACUGGGCUGGCAUCAACUAUGCCGGGUCCUACUUCGGAGGCUCCAUGUGGUGUCCGCCGUGGGUUGAUGGCUCGGACAAGGUCGUGUCUCGCAUGGGCAUCGAAGAGCAGAUCACAGUUCACGAGGCUACAAAGGAGGAGCUGGCCUCCACCAGGGAGUCUUUCCGCUUCCUGCGGCAGCGCAAAGACCGCGCCGCUUAUGGUGAGCCGACCUUGGCAUGA